AUGGAAAACCGUUCUCAGCGAUGCGAAUGCGAUCGGUGGUCCCGUGGUGUAGCGGUUAGCACUCAGGACUCUGGAUCCUGCGCAAGGUCCUCAAUACUUCGUCAUCGUCAAGAGGGCUUUGCGAUGAGGAUAGAAUGGAAAACAGUUCUCAGCGAUGCGAAUGCGAUCGGAGGGCUUUGCGAUGAGGAUAGAAUGGAAAACCGUUCUCAGCGAUGCGAAUGCGAUCGGUGGUCCCGUGGUGUAGCGGUUAGCACUCAGGACUCUGAAUCCUGCGACGAGGGCUUUGCGAUGAGGUUAGAAUGGAAAACCGUUCUCAGCGAUGCGAAUGCGAUCGGUGGUCCCGUGGUGUAG